UUCCGCUGCUGCAUGUAGCCUGCGAGUUUUGUGCUGCAGCUGCAUGCGCUCCUCUUCUUUCCAUGACCAACAUGUGGUCAGGUCUUCCCAAGUUAGCUUUCGUUAUCGUUCUUGUCGCCAACUGUGUUCUCUGGUCGCGCAGUCGGUAUGGGCAAGUCUACUCGAGCAGCUCACGUUCCGUGCUACAUAUGAAGCGAGACGUGCUGGAACUAAGGUACACAAAUGCUUCGUCGCGGACGCCGUUGGCGUUUGACAGCGAGCAAUGCUUUCCGAUCUCUUUCCCCGUAGAGCGCCAGUGUACUCACGUUUGCGAAUCGUGCCCGGACACCCGCACAUUCCUAUCCAUUCCCUAUCUGCGCACUUAUUUCUGCGCCGAAGUUUCGCUCCGACCUCUGCUUUUCACCUCAUUCUUGCUUUGGCUGAUCUUCCUCUUCUCCACACUCGGGAUCAGCGCAUCCGACUUCUUCUGCCCGAAUCUUGCGACACUCGCGAACCUGCUCGGACUCGACGAGAACAUGGCUGGUGUGACUUUCCUUGCCUUUGGAAAUGGCAGUCCGGACGUAUUCUCAACAUUCUCUGCUAUGAAAGCGCACUCGGGUGGGCUCGCGCUCGGCGAGCUCUUAGGCGCUGCAACGUUUGUGGUCUCGUGUGUCGUUGGCUCGCUUUGUAUCAUCAAGCCAUUCCGCGUCUCCCGCUACAGAUUCUUUCGUGACGUCGGCUUCUUCACCAUUGCAGUUACCAUGCUCCUCGGCGUGCUCUGGGACAGCCAGAUCGAGGGCUGGGAGGCAGUGUCGCUCAUCGCUCUAUACAUCAUGUACGUGACGGUCGUUGUUGUUGGAAGCAUGUGGGAGAAGCGAAGGGAGCGGCAGAGGAUGUAUGAAGAGCUUGUCCGUGAUGAGUUCCGAGAGGAGGUGCUUGUGCACACACCUUAUCACGACGAGGAACCAUAUCGGGAUGCGCGUGAGUGGGCCUUCCCUGUCGUUUCGAACGCCUCGUCAAUGCUGCAGGUACCGACCUACCACUUUUCGAGGUCGCGUGCCCGCUCAAAUCCCGUGCUUCCUCGGCUCGGGUUGCAAACCGACCUCCCUCCCCGUCCUCAAACGCGUUCUCCAUCCCCUCAUUCCUCACAUGUCAGCACUCUGCCGUCGUUCUCCCUCGUGGGUGCUCUCGAGUUCAGACGGAUCGUGGCGUCGCUACAGCAGGAGGCGGCCGGGUCCUCGCUCAGCAUGUUCGAAAGUCCGCUGUCGCCGUACCCUGGAGGGCAUUAUCACCAACAUCAUCAUACACGCUCGCGCUCGCAUACACCACCGUCAGACAACGAACAGAAUCCGUGGGAUGCCGCGCUGGGCGUACCGCUGAGCGAUCGAUCACCGCAAUCCUUUUCGCAUCAGCUUGAGCGUUCGCGCUCGCAUUCGCCUCAGCCAGUGGCGCUCCCGAUAAUAUCGCGCACGCCAGCAUCUCCCAUAGUAUCGGAGGCCGAGACGGAGACGGAGACAGACUCACAGUCGCAUCAGUACGUUUCACCGACACGGCGGCAGCGGAUAGCACGCGUCCUCGGGCACGCGUUCCAUGUCGUGUUCCCUACGCUGCAUGGGAUCGGGAGCAAACCACUCCUGGGCAAGGUCGCAGCGGUGCUUGCAGCGCCCGCGGUGAUGGCACUGACACUGACGCUGCCCGUGGUGGUGACGGCAUACGAGGAUGUUGGGCGCGAGCGCGAGAAGCUGCGCGGCGUCGCAGGCGGGGGUGAGAGCCGGUUGGUCGACUUCGAGGAGGAAGGCAUAGAACGCACGCUGAUCGCGGAGGACGAGGUAGCAGAGGAGAUGCAUGAGCUGCAAUAUAACAAGUGGCUGAUGGCAGUGCAGUGCACCCUUGGGCCGCUCUUUUGUGUUGCUAUUUUGUUCGACGGGACGAAGCAUGAACCGUGGCUGCUGCUGGCGACGGGCGUGGCGGGCUUCGCUGUGGGGAUCAUCGUUGCAGUUUUCUCGGAUCGAGGUACGCACGCCGGUGCGCAGCUGACGCGCUGUACCAUGGGCUUCAUGGUUGCUGUUGUUUGGAUUAUGGCGAUUGCAGAUGAGGUUGUAGAGGUUCUACAGACGUUCGGUUUCAUAUUUGGCUUGUCUGACGCUAUCAUUGGGCUUACAAUAUUCGCUGUUGGGAAUUCUCUGGCUGAUUUAGUUGCAAACAUGAGUGUAGCAGUAUUCGCCCCGAUCAUGGGCUUCUCAGCAUGUUACGGCGGGCCGAUGCUGAACAUCCUCCUCGGCGUUGGCAUCUCGGGCUCCUACAUCAUCCGGCAGACUGCCGAGCCGUACCCUCUGCACUUCUCCACGACGCUCAUCAUCACGGGCAGCGGGCUGCUCGUGCUUCUCCUUGCCACGCUGAUUUUCGUGCCGUGGAACGGCUACUUCCUUCCGCGGAGCUGGGGCGUCGUCCUCAUCGUGGCAUAUACCGGCUUGAUGAUGGCCAACGUCAUUGUCGAGAUCAUGAGCUGAGGUGACGUGCAAUUAGACAAGGCGUGUGAAUGGCUGGGCUCACGAGCAUUGACGAUCUGACGCCGCGUAAUCUACUUAUUGUAUUCGAUGGGAUAGGGAUCCGUUGGUAUUUACGUCUCACCAGCAUAUUGUACAUUGUAAGCAAGAAUUAGAAUGUCAUCGGCGCGCCACUGUACGAACGUCAUGCAUAGAACCUCAC